AUGUCCGAGUCUCUGCGCGAGCCCGUGGGUCAAACGCCAACCAUCCGCCGUUCGUUCACUCUCCCCACGAAGUUAAACCCGCUGUCGCAACGUGGUUCGGCGCCGCCAGCAAAACUAUCGGAAAAUGUCAUCUUCUAUCAUCCCUCCGCGAAGAUCGUUCAUUUCGCGCCCAAGGCCCUCGCCCCGAUCCCGUCCAGUUCCGCGCCCGCCGAUUUCGACUACCCCGUUGAUACCAUUGAAUCACUCCCAUGGCGUUCCGCGACUGAACGAACGGUCGCAACGGCGCCGCUUCGACUCGAACGCGUCCAUGGAUUGACCGCGUUCCUGAAGUGUGGAAAUGUCGUUCACGCGAUCCUGAAGAACUCCCAGUGUUGGUGUGUGGAUGGCGUGUCCAAAUUCGUGCUGCGCAUUCGCCCGCUUACCUACUAUCGCAUCGAAAUACCACAUGAGACAGAAGAGGACAAGGGGCUAGUUGGGGACCUGAAAGUCGCGCUACCAACCAUUCUUCGGUAUGAAGUGACGCCUUGUCCUUUCAAGCGCGCAUUCACCGUGGAACUACCCGAGGAUGCGAUGGCACCACGGCGCAAAAGGGCCUGGCGACCCAAAGAGCGAACGGAUAGUUUGUAUCCUGCCUCGGGAAGCAGUCAAGGGGGGUCGCCUUCCGAAACUCGAACAGAAUGGCUAGACUCCGCUAGUACCGGAGAGGACACGGAUGGAGGUACAACAGACGACUGUGCAUUAGGCCCCCAGAAAAGUAACGGCUCGACAUCUGAUGCUCUUCCAAACACUGACCAGCCGCCGUCUCCCCUCGACAAUAUCGAAUUUCCGUCCCCACCAAAGCCCAUUAGACGAUCGGCUACCGAAACUCCCCAGACAUUCACCAGCCUCCUAGCCAAAUUUGACGCCGCUCCGGUCCCCGAGGAAGGUGAAGCUCCGGAAGCGACACCCAUGGGACGGGAAAAAUCGGAUACCGUGGGUCAGGAUGAGCCUACUUCCAUCCCACAGGUCAAGGUUGACCUUGCCCCUGGGCCUGCCAUCGAUUCCCAGGUUGCUACAGAUGGUGCAAAACAAGCAUUCAUUUCUGCGCCUGAAACACAGAGUGUGACGGAAUCUAUUGCACAGUUAGAAUCCACUGCCAGCACUGUCACUCCUGAGCAGCCGCAUCAUGCCGUACCAGAACCUCAGGCGACGCCUACGACUGCCUCGGAACCUGAGGUCAAGGAGGAGCUUGGAGUCAAAGAGGAGCCCGUGAUCAAAGAGGAGCCUGAGAGUCGGACCACUUCUAAAGACGAGACUAAACUAGAAGCGACUGACAAUAAGGUAUCCGCUUCUGCGCUAAAGACUUCCGAAGUUGCUAGCGCCGACAAAAAGCAUGAAUCUGCCCCCAUUAUUGUUGCAGUUCCCACUCUGCCUGGUAACGAGAGUCCUAAAGAACCAUCUGUCACCCCGGAGUCCGAUGAAAAGGAGUCUAUAUCCCAAUCUCCUUUAGAAUCCAAUUCUGUGCCCGCGCCUAUAAAUACGCCUAUAAUUACGUCUGGAGAAAUAUCCGAACCGGAGCCCGCACAUAUUCCCGUGCAGGUACCUGGAACAGGAACGGCAUCAGAAUGCGACACUACACCCGCGCGUGUACAUACACCUGUUGCAAAGGCUGAGCCAAUAUCUAUACCUGCGUCUGAACCAGAGCCAGAAAUGGAAGCCGACCCCGAUCACGACAGUUCAUUCUCAUCCACGCCGGAUUCUUUCCAUUCAGUAGACCCGUCAUCGCCCUCCGAUUCUGUUUCAACGCAUACCCCCUCGAUGGACGUACAAAUGCCGGAAAUUCAUAAUUGCAAGAAGGAAAAUAAAGCUCCCACACAGCCCAAGGGGAUCUCGUCCAAUCCAGUCACCCAUGGAUUUGCACCACAAGUCGAUGGUUCUUCAAGCCGAAAUUCCCCUCCUGUCGCCGAUGCUCCCGCCCUGAAGCCACAUCCCGCGGCUGCAGUAUCUUCUCCGCGUAACGACCCGCCGAAAUCUUCUUUGGCUAUUCCCCCCACGAAGCCUACCUCCGCAUUCGCUGUGAAGGCUUCACCUCCAACCGACUUCAAUCACAUGAGCACCGAGUUUCGCCGUCGAGCAAAGGCAACCCGAGAGCGAGAUGUCUCCCCAAUGCCUCCCUCAUCCGCCAUCUACCAACCAAAGGCAGGGGACGAGGCUUCAACUUUUAUUUCCAAAGCCCUGACUCUUGUUUUGGUACCUCCAGUGGCUCUUUUCAUCGUCCUCCUGCACGUGGCAGCGCGCAUUGUGAUCAACCCUGCCAUCAACGCGACUCUAGGCGACUCCAGACGAGGCUCAGCAUCAUCCGGAAAACAAACUGUCACCGAGGAUGAUUUCAGCUUUCCGCUCGAUCGCGAAUCCUCUUCCGAAUACGAGGACGCGGAAAUCAACAGGAAGCUGGAUCCUUGGGAUCUGGACUAG